UGCUUCUCUUCUCCAGUGCGGUGUGCUGCACUGCGAUGUUUCCAGUUGCGGGAUGUUAGGAUUUGCCUCUGGCUGCACUUCUUGCGCUCUCAUCAAGACCACUAGGACAUUUUUAUGCUUCUUUUCGAAUGGGAAGGAGGAGGAGUGAGAGAGAAGGAGCGACUAGCCAGACCUAUUAGCCUGAAGCUUGAACAUACACACUCCAACUCUCCCUCUCUUUUCUGACACCCACUCCCCCCCCACAAUCAUCUCUGCGCUGCACCAAGGUGACACUGAGGGGAUUUAGCCUAACCGGAGUGAGACAAUGCAGCACUAAAAAAAAAAAAGAAAAGAAAAGCAUUGCACCUAAAAAAAGGUAGAGCAUAAAGUAAAAGACAAGACAAGAAAGGAUGGCCACCGCAUUGUUUCAGGUGUCUUCGUCUUGUGUUCCAGCGACAAACUAUGAGCUGUAAUUUAAAUUGUACAUGCGUGUAUGUGCGCCGAGGUUGCGGCCCAGCCUCAGCCAGACUCUGUGUCCUGCAGCCCCAAGGCGCCCACCAAUGACCUGCCUCUCAAACAUGUAGAUACAAUGGGCUCAACAAAAUCUUCAAAAAGCAUGGAGUCACGGCGCAGACCUUCGAGGAGCGUGAGUUUGUUGCAGUCCCUGGAGGAGGGCUACGAGGUGGACCUGCUCUACAUCACGGAGAGGAUCAUCUCCGUCUCGUUCCCGAGCAGCGCGGAGGAGCCGAGCUACGCGGCCAACCUGCGCGAGGUCGCAUCCAUGCUGCGCUCCAAACAUGGCCACAAUUACCUGCUCUUCAACCUCAGUGAGAAACGUUACGACAUCAGCGAACUUCAUUUAAAGGUGUUGGACUUUGGUUGGCCGGACCAUCAUGCACCAGCUCUGGAUAAGAUCUGCAGCAUCUGCAAGGCCAUGGACACGUGGCUGAGCGCAGACAGCCACAAUGUGGUGGUCAUACACAAUAAGGGCAACAGAGGCAGAACUGGAGUGGUGGUGGCUGCCUAUAUGCAUUAUAGCAAUAUAUCCGCCAGUGCUGAUCAGGCUCUGGACAGGUUUGCCAUGAAGCGCUUCUAUGAAGACAAAGUCCUUCCUGUGGGUCAACCCUCCCAGAGAAGGUAUGUGGAGUACUUCAGUGGUUUGCUCAGCGGACACAUCAAGAUCAACAACAAACCCCUGUUUCUUCACCAUGUCAUCAUGCACGGCAUCCCCAACUUUGAGUCCAAAGGAGGAUGCCGUCCUUUCCUCAAAAUAUACCAGGCCAUGCAGCCCGUCUACACAUCUGGGAUCUAUAAUGUUCAAGGGGAUAGUCAGACGAGUAUCUGUAUCACCAUUGAACCUGGGCUACUUCUAAAAGGAGACAUCCUGCUCAAGUGCUACCACAAGCGUUAUCGGGGUCCGUGCCGUGAUGUGAUUUUCCGGGUGCAGUUCCACACGUGCGCUGUUCACGACCUGGGAAUCGUCUUUGGGAAAGACGAGUUAGAUGAGACAUUCAAAGAUGAGAGGUUUCCUGAAUAUGGCAAAGUCGAGUUUAUCUUUUCCUUUGGCCCAGAAAAAAUGUAUGGUCAAGGUAUGGAUCACCUGGAGAACGGGCCAAGCGUCUCUGUGGACUACAACACGCAAGAUCCGCUAAUUCGAUGGGACUCUUACGAGACCUUCAAUCAGAAUAAUGAGGACACUACAGAAGAAGUCAUUCAUACCCAAGGACCUUUGGAUGGGAGCCUCUACGCUAAAGUGCGCAAAAAAGAUUCUGUUGAUGGGACUGUCACUGCCAAUGGGCUCCCACCUGCUGCUAUUGAACACGUGCUACCUGUGGUCGACCACGCCUUAUCAGUGAGCAGCGACUCGGGAAACUCGACAGCGUCAAUUAAAACGGACAGAACAGAUGAAGUAGCAGCAGUUCAUUCGACUGUCAACCUGCCAAGUGUUCCCACCGUUGAAGCGGUAGCUAAAGUCCAUCUCAACGACCAGCAACCCAUCAGCCCACAGGAGAAACAGGAGCUGGAGCAGCUCCUAGGUGGACUGGAGGGGCCCAUGCAUCAUCAAGGCUACCAUGCCUCCCCGACCUCUGCCGUUGAAGGGAUACUCCACCGGGUUCCGGCUCAAGUCCAUGUAAAUGGUCACCGCAACAUUGACCGUGAAACUGACAUUUUAGAUGACGAAUUACCGAGCAGUCAAAAGGCCAACAGUGUGGACAGUUUGGGGACCUUCUCCUCAACCGAUGGCCGAGCUACGCCAGCAGAUCUCUACUAUCAGUCGGAGUCCAUCAUUAAUGGCCAGGACCACGUCCCGUACCUGGAGCGCAGUGUUGCAGAAAGCCCAGUAGAAACAGUCCAAUCACAAAUUUGCAUCACAGACAAGCCAGUUACACUGACUCGGAAUGAUUCAGUCCCAGCCUCCAAUUAUGUAGCAACUCAGAAUCUGUACCGCUCACAGUCAUUUAGUAUCGAUACACAGUCUAUGCCUCCAGCUCCCACCCGGACCACCAGUAGCAGGGAUGCCGUCCAACGUGGUCUCAAUAUUUGGCAUCGGUUCGGUGUGCCUGAAGAGCCUGUAACCGAAGGACUCACUUUCGGGACACCGCCCUCUGCGAUAACAAUACCGGCUCACCAGAGCCUUCCACAGUUCCCUAAUCGCCACAGUGGAUCACAGGAAGAGAUUGAGAAAUCAAUAGAGACACUCAAUCUCCUCAUGUUAGAUCUGGAACCAAGCCGUUCAUUCAUACCAAAGUCGCAAAGUGCUCCUCUAAGGGAAACCAGUGUUGUAACCACACAGCCAUCCUUCUCUCAGAGCCAAAGCAAAGCUAUCUAUGAGGUGGAUAUGCCCACGAUGUUAAGUCAGGUCAGCCAUCAGUCACCCAUGACACCAAGCACACCGGAGCCUGCCCCUGUUUUUGCAUUGAAAACCACCGCAACCAGUCCUUCUUCACCAGCUUCUGCGACUGGUCAGAUGCAGGUAAAGGCAAUCAACACCUUCCAACCAAGCUCAUUGUCCCAGUCCACUGAAGUCUUGGAGCCCCACAAAAUCUCUAGUGCUGGAUCAACAUCACCCACUACAAGGGACUGUGAACAUGAAGAAGUCUUUAAUCUUGAAGGACUGGUGGCUCAGAGAGUUGCAGGUGUCCAGACCCGUACAAUGUCUCUGGAUGAGCCAGCAGUCCUGGGCCGGCGUAGGAUCACGAGUGACGGUCCAGAAGAUGCUCCCUCCCCCGAUGUCCCAGUGCGUUCCCCUGUUCGAUGCGUUUCUCCGGAGUUUGUCAACGCCAUCGCCAUGAACCCCGGGGGACGACCGAAGGAGAGACACAUGCACAGCUACCGGGAAGCCUUUGAGGAGAUCGAGGGUGGGCCCACUAGCCCGACCCCCUCAGUUGGUGGUGAGGUGCUUCCCCAAACCCCUGCCUUCCCCACAUCGCCACAAACCCCUUACUUCAACCUGUGUCGCUCUCCUCCAGGUCUUGCUAAGACUCCACUGUCAGCUCUUGGCUUGAAACCCCACAACCCGGCGGACCUCCUGCUCAAUCAAACUGGUUCAGCACCCAGAAGUUAUGUGGAGACCGUUGCGAGGUCAGCUGUGACAGGUGGAGAGCAACACACAGCGGCCCAAAGCCUUAGUUCACAAGGAAAUACAAGAGGGCAACAAAGAAGUCCAAGUCCCAUCUCCCAAGCUCUGAUCUCCCCAUUGUCCAGUAGUAGCCCCAUCCAGAGCUCUUUAGGUGAUCCGACCUUAGUAGAGAGCAGCUUGAGCACUCCGUCCCAGCCCACUACUGAUUCAAGUUUGCACACUCAGGCAGCAGUGAGCGCAUACUCCACUCCAACAGCCUCAUACCAAGCAUCCACAUCUCCCAAUUCCUCUCAUCUCGAUUCAAUUUCUGCAACAUCCUCCUACCUCGGCAUCACAACUCCAAUACUGUCCAGUCUUGACCCCAACACCCAAACAAGGAGUUACAUGCCCUCCGAUUCUGGCCAACCCGGCUGCACAGAACCCUCCAAGACUGUACACAGCUCAGAAAAUCCCCAGUUACAGCACCGAGCAUGUAUCCUGACUUCUACUGACAGUCCUGUGUUUGAGACACACCCAAAUGCUUUUCGGGAAGGACCUAUCAUGGGUCAGAAAGUAUUACCACUAAAUGGCUUUGAGACAGGUAUGCUUGGGUUCAGCGACAAUCCCAGCCUUGGACACCAUCUGUCUCAGGGAAAUCAGAGUAACCGAGUACUCAUCCGCCAGGCUUCUACUGGGCAACAAGCUCAUCAAAGUCCUACUCUAAGCAGACAACCGUCUUUGGGACAACCUAUUCCGAGCAGUCCAGUACUCAGCAGACAUCCAUCUAUUUCCCAAUCCCAUGGAAGUCCAGUAUUGGGUCGUUACCCAUCAGUUUCACAAGUGUCUCAAAGGAGCCCAAGUUUAGACAGACACCCGAUGCACAGCGGCUAUGCCACGCCUGAUGAGAGGCAUGGCAACCUGUCCAGACAGAGCAGUUCCUCGGGCUACCAAGGACCCCCUACACCCUCCUUUCCUGUUUCUCCUGCAGUCUACCAGGAUGCAGGAAUGAUGGGGAUGGGCGUGGGAAUCCGACAAGCAAGCGCAACGCCUGGUUUUCAACCUCAGCUUCCAGAAAAGAGGCGCAUGUCAAGUGGCGACAGACCAAACGGAUCAUUGUCAUAUAGCUCACUGAAUGGAAAGAUCAUGUCACCGAUGAGUGGAGGAAACAAUCCCAGCUACUUCCACACCCUUUCAGACUUCUCGCGCUUCAAUAUGCCUGAUGGAGGGCCUGAGGGCAGCCUGAAUGUCAAGUUUGUCCAAGAUACUUCAAAGUUCUGGUACAAGCCCGACAUAUCCAGAGAGCAAGCAAUUAAUGUGCUGAAAGAACGAGAGCCUGGAGCCUUUGUUAUCCGGGAUAGUCACUCAUUCAAGGGGGCUUAUGGCUUGGCUAUGAAGGUAGCUUCGCCCCCACCUUCAGUGCAUCACAACAAGAAAGGUGACAUCACCAACGAGCUGGUGAGGCAUUUCCUGAUUGAGAGCAGCCCUAAAGGAGUGAAACUGAAGGGUUGUCCCAAUGAGCCAUACUUUGGCUGCCUAUCUGCUUUGGUCUACCAACAUGCCAUCACACCACUGGCCCUGCCCUGCAAACUGCUCAUCCCUACAACAGAUCUUCUUGAGGAAGAGCCAGAAGUUGUCAAAACAAACCCGCUGGCUGAUCGACUGAAACAAGGAGCAGCCGACGUCCAUGUUAUCCCAGUGCAGAGGGCCCCGGCAGAGUCCCAUGCAUGCAACGUGCUCUACAUCAACUCGGUGGAUAUGGAGUCGCUGACGGGCCCCCAGGCCAUCGCGAAGGCCAUCUCUGAAACGCUGGCCGGCGCCGCGUCUCCGUCUGUUGCCACCGUUGUGCACUUCAAGGUGUCUUCACAAGGCAUCACGCUGACUGACAACCAGAGGAAGCUUUUCUUCCGGCGCCACUACCCUUGCAACACCGUCACAUUCUGUGAUAUUGACCCUCAGGACAGAAAGUGGAGCAAGCCAGAGGGGGGUACAGCCAAGUUGUUUGGUUUUGUGGCACGCAAACAGGGAAGCACGACGGACAACGUGAGCCACCUCUUCGCCGAGAUGGAUCCCGAGCAGCCGGCCAGCGCCAUUGUCAACUUUGUCACUAGGAUGGUUACUUUGCAAAAGCGAUGAACGCGUUCCAGCAAACCCUGGCACACCCCCCCCCCCUAAAAAAUACCUUUGGUGACUUUUCCCCCCUUCCCUUGAAUGACGGACACUCCCUUUCUCUGCGGACACUUGACGUUGUUUCUUGCCGUGUAAGCAAAUUUUUUUUUGCGGCCGUGUUUCUUGCUUGUGCCUUUCUUUUGGGACGGACUCCAGAGUGAACCUGAGGAAGUGCAGAAAGGGGGCGUAGCAGGAAAGGACAAUGGGACGGGAGGCGCGUUGGGUCUCCCUGGAAGGGAAAUGUUUGGAUGGCGUGAGUGCAAAAUAUUCAUAUGUAGUCUGUUUUGGAAAAAAAAAUCCAGUCAUAAGAUGGGGGAGAAUGUAAUUGUGGCCACUAUACUGUACGUAGAGUAUUAUACUGUUUAGUCCUCCAUAGAGUCACUCUCUAGCAUGGACUUAUUAUAAAAGUGCCAAUUUUACCUUGGUUACCUCACCUUGGUUGUCCAGAAAAGGCCCCUCCGACGGGUACUUCUGUUUGACCCGGUUUCAUAUCUGCUGUGUCCAUGUUUGGCAAAGACCACCUUCCUCUUUUCUCUGAUUGGUUACCUCCAUGUAGAACACCCGCUCAUAAGAGCACGCCCUCGAAGGCGGAGACGUUUGCUUGUAACGGAGAUAAGAUUGACAAAUUUAAAUGACGGGAUUACAGGCCUCUUGGUAGAAAAAAUUCUGGAACUCAGGAAUGUGUGAAUUUUAAUUCCUGUAUAGUGUGCACACAAAAUGGUCAUUUGGGACAAUGAAGAAGGUAUAAUAUGUACAUUACCAAUUUGUAUCCACACAGUUGCUACGCUGAGGCCAAGCUAAACAAAAUAUACAAGGAUAUACCGUAAUUCCCGGCCUACAGCGUGCACCUGGUUACAAGCCUCACCCAGUAAAUUUGUAAAGGAAAUACCAUUUGGUACAUACAUACGCCACACCUGUGUAAAAGCCGCAAGUGUCCACAUUGAAACACGAGAUAUUUACAAAGAAAGAUGGUACACAGAAAGAGUUUAAUGUGGCGCGAGUGCGGUGCUAACGCUAAUGUUAACGCUAGCGCCGCACUUGCGCUAACGCUAACAGGGCCGGUUAAACUUACCGAUAAAUAUCACUGAGACAUGCCAGUACCACAGCAGCAACACUCUAGCACAGCGCUAACGCUAGCGCAGUGCUAAGAGGGCCGGUAAAAGUCACAUCCUCGGCACAUAUUUUCUACUGUCUCAUUCUUACCUUUUCCGCUCAUGUGGCCCCUUGCAGCUGUUAGAAAAAAAUGCACAAAUUAGCCGCAUCACGCAUAAACCGCAGGUUUGAAAGCGUCUUAAAAAAUUGGGGCUUGUAGGCCAAAAAUUACGGUUGAUAUCUUUGUUGUCAUUGUACAGUUAUAGUUUAAUUUUGGCAGAGUAAGGCUGCAGAUCCAUUAAAAAACAAAAAAAAAAACAGCAAAAUGCACAAAAUAUAUAGUAUCUCCAGUAAAUGGUAAUCUUUUGUGGCCACAAUUAUUUUUCUCUCUCAUGUAAUGCCUGGCAUUCUAUAUUUUUGUGUAUUUGCAAGAAGAAAAAAGUCAAGUCGUGUGACCUUUGUGGAUUGUAAAUCUUAACUUUUUGAGAGGUCAACCAAAGAGUUUUUGUAAAAAAAAAAAAAAAAAAAAAAAGAAUUAAAAAUUGAAAGCAAAAAAAAAAAAAAAAAACCCAAGCAGACAAACAAAAAAGUAGUCAGGGCUUGCAUGGCAGG